AGGUACUUAUACUCCAAGUGUGGUUACAGUUUUCCUGACAAAGGAUGUGCUGAAAAGCCAGCGAAUACGUAAAUAGUUAGCACUGCAAAGAAAAUGGCACACGAGUUUCUCGCUUGGGAACAUUUGUUGUUACAAAACAGAGUUAACAAUAUGUAACGUCGUGUACAAAGAAGGGAGUGGCGAGAUAAUCAUGAUCCAUUCGAGUUAUCGGAUGAUAUGUUUAUUAACUUAUAUAGAGUAAGUCCAGAAAUUGCUAUGGAUUUGAUAGACAUUUUGGAACCACGAUUGCAACGUCAACGUAUAGACGGUCUUAGCACAGAACAUCAGAUAUUAACUGCUCUGCGCUUUUAUGCAGUUGGGUGUUACCAACGUGCAAUUGGAGAACAAUGGGACAUUGCUGUUAGCCAACCUACUGUCAGUAGAUGCGUACGAGCUGUGACCAACACUAUUAAUGACGUCUUACUUCGUCGUUGGGUACGAUUUCCCAUGACAGAUAUUGAACGUUUUGCAGCUAAAGAAAAAUUUAGAACUGCACCUCAACCCUUUAUGGGUGCUAUUGGAGCAAUCGAUUGCACCCACAUAAGUAUUUUGGCACCUCGACAACAUGAGGAGGCUUACGUGAAUCAUUGGGGUGACCAUACACUCAAUGUCCAAGCGAUUUGUGAUCCUGAAUUAAAAAUAUUAAAUGUGAAUGCACGAUAUCCAGGUGCCCGGCAUGACGCGUAUAUUUGGUCAAAUUCUCCCGUACGUCGAAUCAUGGAACGACGAUAUAACAAUGGAGAGCGCAAUACUUGGCUGAUAAGUGACGAUGGUUACGGACUUGAACCAUGGCUAUUCACGCCUUUAAAACAUGAAAUACCAGGUUCUCUGAGAUAUCAAUACAAUGAAGAUUUGUGCAGCGCAAGGUCAUGUGUAGAACGCUUAUUUGGUGUAUGGAAAGCAGUAUUCAGAUGUCUGUCAGCACAAAGGCAAUUAAUGUACGAACCUGAUAUAGCUGGUAAAAUAGUCAACGCAUGUGCUGUACUACACAACAUGAGAAUUGCACAUCGUUUGCAAGAUAUAGAAGUAGACGAACAAGAAAUUUUACAUCAUAUACAGAUGAACGAUAGAGCUGUCAGACAGGAUGAAGCUUUACCAGGGCGAGCAAUUGCAAUUCGCAUACAAGACAAUUUCAUUGCUCGUCAGUAUGGUAGAAUGUAAAAUGUGUGUAAUGUGUUGUAAAGAACUACAGGAACAACUAUCGGCGUAUAAUAACACGAAUAGCGAAUGAAAAGCGGAAAUGAAACGACUGCAGAUGGCCUUGUUGCGUACAAGCGUGAAAGAAUGUGAC